UUUUCGGCCGCACCUAUUUCCUGUUGCGCGUCUUGGGCGCGUUUUGUGUCUCUGUGUGUCUGCCGGUGAGGCGAGCUGCUCUUGUGUGUUGUUUUCUUUCAGCUGUUUAUCUACAUUCAAAUGGAGACCAUUUUAGAGCAGCAACGUCGAUACCAUGAAGAGAAAGAAAGGCUGAUGGACGCCAAAACGAAAGAAAUGCUGCACAAAAAAACAACGCUACGAGAUCAGAUAAAUUCGGACCACCGGAUACGGGCCAUGUUGGAUCGAUACAUGGAAGUGAGUGCAAAUCUGCGAGACUCCUAUGAAGACAAAGAUGGUAUGCGCAAGGAGGAGCUGAAUGCUAUCUCGGGACCAAAUGAGUUUGCAGAAUUCUACAACAGACUCAAACAAAUAAAGGAAUUCCACAGAAAACAUCCCAAUGAGGUUAGUGUGCCAAUGUCUGUGGAGUUUGAGGAGCUGAUGAAAGCCAGAGAUAACCCAAAUGAAGAAGCCCAGAACCUGGUUGAAUUCACUGAUGAGGAAGGUUAUGGUCGAUACCUGGAUCUCCACGAUUGUUACCUGAAGUACAUCAAUCUAAAAGGCGCAGAGAAACUGGAAUACAUCACUUACCUGUCCACUUUUGACCAGCUUUUUGACAUUUCUAAAGACAGAAAAAAUGCAGAGUACAAGAAGUACCUGGAGAUGCUUUUGGAGUACCUCCAGGACUACACGGACAGAGUGAAACCACUGCUCGAUCAGAAUGAGCUCUACGGCAAAAUUUUGGCUGAUUUUGAGAAGAAGUGGGACAAUGGGACAUUUCCUGGAUGGCCGAAAGAGACGAGUAGCGCUUUAACUCAUGCUGGGGCUCACUUGGACCUUUCUGCCUUUUCCUCCUGGGAGGAGCUGGCAUCCCUUGGCUUGGACAGGCUGAAGUCUGCUCUAAUGGCUUUGGGACUGAAGUGUGGUGGGACACUGGAGGAGAGAGCUCAAAGGCUGUUUGGCACUAAAGGAAAGUCACUGGAAUCCCUGGAUCCUUCCCUCUUUGCGAAGAAUCCCAAGUCCAAAGGACCCAAAAAGGAUACAGAGCGAAACAAGGAGAUUGCGUUCCUUGAGGCUCAGAUCUACGAGUAUGUGGAGAUACUCGGGGAGCAGCGUCAGCUGACCCACGAGAAUGUGCAGAGGAAGCAGGCACGUACCGGUGAGGAGCGUGAAGAGGAGGAAGAGGAGCAGCUCAGUGAAAGCGAGAGUGAAGAUGAGGACAACGAGAUCAUCUAUAACCCCAAGAAUCUGCCCUUGGGUUGGGAUGGCAAGCCUAUACCCUACUGGCUGUACAAACUGCACGGGCUGAAUAUAAAUUACAACUGUGAAAUCUGCGGAAACUACACUUACCGAGGUCCCAAGGCUUUCCAGCGCCACUUUGCAGAGUGGCGUCAUGCCCAUGGGAUGCGUUGCCUUGGUAUUCCCAACACGGCACAUUUUGCCAAUGUCACCCAGAUUGAGGAUGCUGUCUCACUGUGGGCAAAGCUGAAAUCACAGAAGGCAUCUGAGCGGUGGCAACCAGACACAGAGGAGGAGUAUGAGGACUCCAGUGGAAAUGUGGUCAACAAGAAAACCUAUGAGGACCUGAAACGCCAGGGCUUGCUUUGAAGGCCUAGCUGGGGGUUAACCUUGCUCUACAUGGGCUUCUUGGAAAGUUCUGCAAGCUUUAGUUUGGUCUCCACAUUCAUAGUUCAUGUUUAGGCUGCAGGAUGUUGCUUUUAUCCUCCAUCAGUGUUGGAUUUUAUAUCAGUUAACUUUUCUGUGCUCAUCCUUUUUGUUAUGAAUC